CACGCUAAUUUAUCCUAAUUUAUCCUAAUCUAUUUUUGAUUGACGGCAUUGGCGGCAAGGUCCUUGGCGUGUCUCUCACACGUCCAUUGGAGUCUGGAAGACUAUGAAGUUGAAGGUCAGCAGUAUCCCUAGGCUCACUAUCUCCAUCAAAAAUUGGACGUAGAAUCAUUGCUGAAUGAGCAUGGCUGCACCUGCCGCAUCUCAGGAUAAGGUUACUGCUCCCUACGGUUCUUGGAAGUCCCCCAUCACCGCCGACAUUGUCUCCGGCGCCGAUAAGCGUUUAGGCGGCACCGCCGUGGAUGGUGACGGCCGACUCAUCUGGCUCGAGACUCGCCCUACUGAAUCAGGGCGAGGGGUUCUUGUGAAAGAAUCGGAGACAGCAGGGGGUGAACCUAUAGAUAUCACCCCCAAAGAGUUUUCAGUGCGGACAGUUGCUCAAGAGUAUGGAGGCGGUGAUUUCAAAAUUUCGGGCCAUACCCUACUUUUCUCCAAUUACACGGAUCAAAGGCUAUACAAGCAAUCGAUUUCAUCUGGAGAUCCUUCUCCUGUACCAAUCACUCCAGAUUAUGGGGAGCAGGCAGUUCGUUAUGCUGAUGGAAUAUUUGAUUCACGGUUUGACCGUUAUGUCACUGUGAGGGAAGAUUCUCGUGAAAGCAGUUUAAAUCCAAGCACAACAAUUGUGGCAAUAGACCUUAGCGACAAUAAUAUCCAAGAGCCCAAAGUAUUAGUUGGUGGCAGUGACUUCUAUGCCUUCCCUCGUAUGGACUCUAAAGGAGAACGGAUUGCAUGGAUUGAGUGGAGUCACCCUAACAUGCCUUGGGAUAAAGCAGAACUUUGGGUUGGCUAUAUUUCAGAGAAUGGAGAUAUCUGCAAGCGCAUUUGUGUUGCUGGUUGUGAUCCUACGCUUUUGGAAUCUCCUACUGAACCUAAGUGGUCUUCCAGAGGGGAACUAUUUUUCAUUACUGACAGAAAAAGUGGGUUUUGGAAUCUCUACAGAUGGAUUGAAUCCAGCAAUGAAGUGGUAGCAGUGUAUGCCUUGGAUGCUGAAUUUUCAAGACCACUAUGGGUUUUUGGCAUUAGCUCUUAUGAAUUUCUUCAGAGUGGUGGACAGAAAGAGUUAAUUGUUUGUAGCUACAGGCAGAAUGGGAGGUCAUAUCUUGGAAUUUUGGAUGUUGUUAAUAGCUUGUUGUCUGCCCUUGAUAUUCCUUUUACAGAUAUAAAUAAUAUUUCAUCAGGGAUUGACUGCUUUUACAUUGAAGGAGCAUCAGCAGUUCAUCCAUUAUCUUUAGCUAAGGUGACUUUAGAUGAUCAUAAAUCAGAAGCAGUUGGUUUUAAAAUUAUUUGGUCUUCUUCAGCUGAUAUUUCAGAGUACAAGUCGUAUUUCAGCUUGCCAGAGUUAAUUGAAUUCCCGACAGAAGUUCCUGGCCAAAAUGCUUAUGCAUACUUUUAUCCACCAUCCAACCCCAUUUAUCAAGCUAGUCAAGAUGAAAAGCCUCCACUGUUAUUGGAAAGCCAUGGAGGGCCGACCGAUGAAGCGCACCAAAGCUUAAAUUUGAGUAUCCAGUACUGGACAAGUCGAGGUUGGGCAUUUGUGGAUGUGAAUUAUGGUGGAAGCACUGGUUAUGGCAGAGAAUUUCGUGAACGGCUUUUAGGACGCUGGGGAAUUGUUGAUGUCAACGACUGUUGCAGUUGCGCUAAAUUUUUGGUGGAUAGUGGAAAGGUAGAUGGAAAACGCCUAUGCGCAACUGGUGGUUCAGCUGGUGGAUUCACAACAUUAGCUGCUCUUGCUUUCAAAGAAAUUUUCAAGGCUGGAGCUUCCUUGUAUGGUAUAGCUGACUUAUCCAUGUUGAGAGCUGGAAUGCCCAAAUUUGAAUCACAUUAUAUUGAUAAUCUUGUUGGAAGUGAAAGUGCUUACUUUGAGAGGUCACCGAUCAAUUUUGUUGAUAAAUUUUCUUGCCCCAUUAUUUUAUUCCAAGGAUUGGAAGACAAGGUGGUACCCCCAGAGCAAGCUCGUAAAAUCUACCUGGCACUGAAGAAAAAAGGUUUGCCUGUUGCUCUUGUGCAGUAUGAAGGAGAACAACAUGGUUUUCGCAAGGCUGAAAACAUCAAGUUCACACUGGAGCAACAAAUGGUGUUCUUUGCUCGUGUAGUGGGACACUUUGAAGUGGCGGAUCAGAUUACUCCAAUCAAAAUUGAUAACUUUGACUGAGACUUUGAUAUAAGGUACGUACAUCCAAUAAGCUUCAAAUUUGGAGACUAAACACAUGGGACCUUGUUGUAUGUGUAUAUAUUUUUAAAUGGAUCACUCACACGCACAGAUGGCAGUUGAUCAUGUAUUAUUGCGAAAAAUUCUGGACAUUCUUAGAAAUAAGUGUUUCAGGUCAUGCUGUCUGCUAUAUAAACAUGAAUGUUGAUUUGGUGUA